UAUUAUGCUCACAAUACCUAUUAUUUUCCUUGAAUGCUAUGAACACUUGUGCAAAAACAGAUGCCAAGUGAAGUAUAAUAAAAGGACCAACAAUGGAAUGACAAGUUGGUUUAAUACACGACGCAAUGUUGGUAGCACUGGUGAUAAUUAUAGUUAGUGUCUUGGCACACCUGGGGGAUGCGGCGGGCACUGGUACUCCAGCUGACUUCAAAGACGCCAUAGUGACGGCGAACAAUAAUAUCAUCACCUUCAAACUUCCAGCGGACCCGGGACUGUUCACCAAGAUCUCGCUACACAUGGACCUAGACCAGGUGGUGGCUGCGCCUCAGCAGGGUGGCAUAGCGACAGUGGACCUGACACCAGACAUAUACUACAGGGACGGCUAUUGGGUCUGGCAGGGAGACAGCGGCAAGGGACAGAACUUCAACCUGAAGGGCGCCACCCUGUACUACUGGGUCCGCGCCGAGGAGAGUGGCGGUGUAGGAGUCAACUCUAACCCAAAACAGACCGUCAUCCUGUAGAAGUUUGUGUGUAUUUGGUAAAAGUAAA